AUGGUGGAAUUGACAGGUUCAUUGGCGCUGUUUUCGGGUCUACAGAUAAUGCUGGAGGCUCUCAAGGCCCAGCUCCAUCGGCUCCAUCCUCAGUCAUUUAUCAAUCUGGCGGCGGCACUGGUCGUGCUAGAGGGGAAGCUGGACACCGCUGGGAAGUCGGAUCGGCGGGCGAAGGAUGACACUGAGGAGACGGGAGAUGGCGAUUACGUAUAUGUGCCUCUGAGAAUCUGUGAUACGUUACAGCUUAUGAUGGACUUUGUAGAGGACGUCGUCCUCGAGGGCGACCCUUCCGUUAAUCGCCUGUCAACAGCGACAGAGUUUAUGCACACUAUUAUUCCUGUCCUCCAUAAAGUGUCUCUACGGAACUCUAGAUAUACAGCAUGCGUAGAGCGGUACCUUCGACCGCAGCUCAUGACGAUUCAUCGCGACGUUGAGGAGGGAGAUUCCUGGGGAGCAUCUUUGGUCGGCACUCACGGUCGAGAAAGCCGCCAUAUGUCGGUGAUACGAUCGCUCCGUUGCGCCGGAGUCAUCUCGUCGUACGCGACUGCGUUGAAGAAACGGAAGCAGCGGCGACAGAAUGAGAAGGGAGAUGACCAUCUGGCGGAGGAGGAGAAAGACUCUCUGGAGAUGCUCAAGAGGCAUGAUGCUUUGUUGCUGUCACUAAAUCGGCGCAUAAGGAGUACCGCUCGAGUUGAAGACUUUGACGAUUUCACGCUGAAGGAGGCGGCUAGCAAUAUUAAACUAAUGCUCCCGAAUACGUCGUCUGCAGUGAGCGCGUACUGUGAGCUGAUCCUGGCCAGACUCCAGCAGCCUGGCCUUCCCCCGCCUCAUACGAACACCCUAGUGCACAUUGUUAAGGAGACGCAUCCCGUUAUUCUAUCUAAGGGUGUGAGUGCGGAAAUGGCUAAGAUGCUCGUACGAAGAGAGAAACUCCGUCUGGUGUACCUCGUAGUGGCCUCCUUAACACAGUUGGCUAAGGUAAUGACAUACAAGGAAGGCAGAUUCGUUGGUGCAAAGUAUAUUACUCACAGCCUUAUGAGUGCAUUGCCCAACGACGACUCGGUUGAGGCCGCGCGACGGGGAAUGAUGCGGGAAGAGCCUCCCAAAGCAAGUUGA